UUGUGUCGUCUGGCCACCUGUUUGACCCCCCGUCCAUAUUAAAGAGACCAGAACCUCCAGCUCCAGGAUGAGUGAGCGCUCCGGAGCCAGCACUCUGGCAGCCAUGACGCUGGAGGAGCCAGGGGCUGAACAGGCUUCUCCCCGAGCCCCGGGCCCUCUCCGCUGUGGCCCGUGUGCUGUGUGGCCUCGCCAGCAGACAUGGCUGUGUGCCGUUCCCCUGGUAAUGGGCUUCGUGGGACUGGGACUCAGUCUCAUGCUGCUGAAAUGGAUUGUGGUGGGAUCCGUACAAGACUAUGUCCCGACUGAUCUGGUGGAUCCUAAAGGUAGCAUUGGACAGGACCCUAUAUUUCUCUCUAAACCCAGUGCCAUGCCCAAGGGGCCCGACAUUUCCACCGCCACCACUACUUCAACUGCCUCGACCACGACGAUAGUGUCCACGACCACGCCGCUCGCUGCCGAUGGCACCGCCCCGGCGCCAAGAACUCGAAUCGGGCCACCAGCAAACCACUCGGCCAAUGGCAGCACUGCCAACGGAGAUAGCAACCGUGCACCACACCUUCACAAUCGCGUUGGCACCCGCAUUAGUGGCACUGUGGUCACCUCCUCCACCACCCGCGCCACCCGACUCCCCCCUCCGCCCAGCGGUAAGGAGGUCACCCCUCGCAGCACUGUUAGAAAAGGAAGCGCUAGUAAUGGACACAACGGGGCUGGAAACUCUAAGCCGGGGCAGACGUCUGCCACCGUCGCCACCACAGCAUCCACGACAUCUACCGCUACUGUGAAGACCACCGCCAAGGUGCAGCCGACCAGCUCCCAACCAGUACCACCGGUGAAGCCCACGUCACGCUGGGGUCACGGGCGCCAGGGCAAGGGCCCGGCAACACGCCCACACCACCGCUUCCGAACACCAGUGGCUCCCACGCUCCCCAGUCCACGUUCGGAGGUCUUCAAGCCGUGUGUGGAAGAUAAGGACCUGGCCUUCUGUCUGAAUGAGGGAGAAUGCUCCAUCAUCGAAACCGUGGCCGGGGUUCACAGGCACUGCAGGUGCAAGGAGGGCUACCACGGCCUGCGCUGCGACCAGUUUGUCCCCAAGACGGACGCCAUCCUGUCAGACCCAACUGAUGAACUUGGGAUCGAGUUCAUGGAGAGCGGUGACACCUACCAGCGGCAGGUGCUGUCCAUCUUCAGCAUCGCCUCGGGGAUCUGUCUGCUGGGAGUGGCGUGCAUGGCUCUCUACCGCCGCAACAAGAGACACAGGGAAAAACUCCAGGCUCAUUUCUCUGAUAGCCGCAGCCUGAGGGACUGCAGUGUCCACGCCUCUGGCCUCAUGUCCAAGUCCUCUCCCAGGCUCCAGUACAGCCUGCAACUCCAGAAGAGCUGCAGUUCUCAUGGAUCAUCUGUUAAGGGCGGCGGCGCAGCCCCAGGCACAUCCACGGUGCCCCCCCCUCUCCUCGGCAGAGUGCUGUCCAAAGGGAAACGCUUCAGGAGCAGCUCCCUGUCACUCAGUCCCGCCCAACAACGGAGGGAGGCUAAUUUCUUCAGGACCCCGCCCAUUUCCAGAGGGAAACACAAAAUAACGACCAACCUCCUGGACGGAUCCCGAGUGAUCGGCCAUGUCUACAAGCACUUGCAGGAGGACGAGUCAACGGACGUGGAGUCUUUAAGAAGGUGUGAUUCUGCAGGUGGAAGGGUCGGCGCCCUCCUCAGCAGGACCUCACUCGCCCACUUCGCAGCCAAAAAAGGAUGGGCCGAAGUUCCCUGCACCCGCCUGGAUGAGGGAACAACCUUCCUACCACCCUCCCUCCGCACCCGCUCCGUGCCCAUCAUCCCCUCCCUGCAAGCGGCUGACCUCGAAGCCGGGCGUGUGGAUACCAGCGAGCGGAACCAAGGCGGGCUCCCCAAGUGGCACCCUGCGCUGGCUGGAAAGACAGCGGUGCCAGUUAGCCAUUCUCCCUCUCGCCCCUUUGAGACCGUCGCGCUGCCGCCUGGUGUCAUGCCCAGCAGUGUUAGCCCCCCCGCCACCACCACGGCUCCGCUGGGCCCGGGGAGGAAUCCCGGCUCCGCACAAGCACCCUUCUCCGCUGAAAUCACAGUGGAACUCGCGCAGGAAUUAAAACAGAAAAGCCUUUCCAGCUCCGUGAAAAAGUCUGGCUCUCCCAGCGAGAUCCACCACGGCGGCAGAAACACUCUCGAGACUGGAAGCGUGCUGGAGUCGGAAUGGCAAAGUGUCCAAUACGCAGCCAGAGCUGUGCACACAGGCGGCGGGACCAGAGGUUCGGAGGCAGCAGGCCAAAGAGAAGCCCGGGGACAGUGCCAGGGUCCGACGUCCCUCGUGUACGGAGGCGCAAACUGCUCCCUGGCCACCAGAGGACCCAGCUGCAGAGGAACUGGAAACGCUUAUGCCAAGCCCUCUACAAGCUGA